AUGGAGUUGAUGACUGUUGAAAAGUUUUUACCGUAUUUGGAACCGUAUGCUAAUAAGGAACUUCUAACACCAGCUGAAGCACUACAGUUGUCGUUGCUCAUCACAGAAUUGCUUGUUGACGACUAUGUUGAUUUUGGAUUAUUGAAGUUACUUUCCCGAUUCUUAACCCAACAAUCAUAUGAUGAGAUAAUAGAAGAGAGGAAUAUCGAACAUGAAUGUGGCUAUGCAUUGUGCAACAAUCAACCAAAACUGUUGGUUCGUAGGCUAAGUUUAAACAGUAACGGUACAACAACUGCACUGAUGUCGGAUGCUGGAGCGUCAACAAAGUACCAAAUAUACAACAGAAAACCAUCAAUUAUACUACCAAAUACUUACAAGAGUCAAUAUUGCUGCAAGGACCAUUACCAAGCUAGUAUUUUUUAUCGCAAUCAAUUGUUAAAUGAAGCUAUAUUUGCUCGCAAGGAUAUUAUGGUGGUGCCACCAUUUCAAGGUGGCAGGAAUUGGUAUGAAAAUUCCAUAACCUUGUUGGAGGAAGUUAUCGCCAAACACAAGGAGUUGAAACAAGAAGGCAAGACAAUGGCUGAAGUAGUGGCAAUGAUGAAUGGUCUUAGUGUCACUGGAGAUGAAAUGAAUGAAGAUACAAACCAAUUGAUUAAGUUGAUUGAGGAUUUCGAAAUUGUUGAAAAAGAAGUUGACCAUCAACAAGUUAUUGAGGGGAAAAUACCUGAACAAGCUAUAGAGAGUGAUGGUGGUGAUGUUGAUGAUGAUGAUGAAGAUUCAAGUUUAGCGCAUAACAAGAUUGAAGGUUACAUCACUACCAAUAAGAGCUUUGGUGGGUAUGUAGUUUGA